GGGAGGAGAGGGUUUGGGAGGUUUUCCAUUCUGCAAAGAAAAAAGCGUACAACUUUUUCUUCAUGGGUGAAGUUCAAGUCUUGGUGGAAGAUCGCCUCUCCACCGCUUCACCGCUGUUGCCGGCGUCGAACCCUGAUCCGGGGUCCAUUGCUGCGGACUCUUUGGACGCUGCGGAGCGAGUCAGCCGCGAGAUAGUAUCCAGUAUUCACCCCACUUUGGCCGCCGACCACAAGAGGAAGGGGGUCAUUGAAUAUGUCCAAGGGCUCGUCAGGUCUUGCAUUGGAUGUGAGGUCUUCCCAUAUGGAUCAGUUCCACUAAAAACUUAUCUUCCUGAUGGAGAUAUUGAUUUGACAGCCAUUAGCUGUCCAAACAUUGAGGAUUCCUUGGUAUCUGAUGUUUAUACCGUUCUGAAGGGAGAAGAACAUAAUGAAGCUGCCCCUUAUGAAGUGAAGGAUGUUCAUUCAAUUCAUGCUGAGGUUAAGCUCGUGAAAUGCAUUGUACAGAAUAUUGUGGUUGAUAUAUCUUUCAAUCAGUUAGGAGGACUAUGUACACUUUGUUUUCUUGAACAGGUCGAUCGCCUUGUUGGUAAAGAUCAUCUCUUUAAACGCAGUGUUAUUCUGAUAAAAGCGUGGUGCUAUUAUGAAAGUCGUCUUCUCGGUGCCCAUCAUAAUUUGAUUUCAACAUAUGCUUUGGAGACAUUGAUCGUCUAUGUUUUCCAUCUAUUUCAUUCUUCACUAAAUGGACCUUUAGCAGUUCUCUAUAGAUUUUUAGAUUACUUCGGCAAAUUUGACUGGGAAAAUUAUUGCAUCAGUUUGAGUGGACCGGUUUCUAAAUCUUCUCUACCUGAUAUUAUAGUUGAGGCACCAAAAGAUGGGGGAGAUGAUCUAUUUCUUAGUGAAGAGUUCCUUAGAAACUGUGUCGAGAGGUUCUCAGUGCCAACGAGGGGGCUUGAAACUAAUUCAAAGGCAUUUCCCCAGAAGCAUCUUAACAUAAUUGAUCCACUCAAAGAGAACAACAACCUUGGGCGUAGUGUCAAUAGAGGUAAUUUCUAUCGAAUACGUAGUGCUCUUAAAUAUGGGGCACGCAAGCUUGGACACAUUCUCUUGUUGCCGAGAGAAAGAAUAGCAAAUGAGCUCCACAUGUUCUUUUCAAACACAUUGGAUAGGCAUGGAAGAACUUGGAAUGAAAUGCACAGUCCUUCCCUGGCAUCUGGUGCUAUAGGUUUUGACCUUCCAUUCUUUUCAUUACGCCCUGUAUUGUGUUCUGAAAAAAAGCUGGUUUUAGAAUCCACUUUUGGUUUCAACAAUGACAAGAUAUCAGGUGAUGAAGUUGAGUCUGGAAUUAGACAUGGGCCGGAAAGAAACUUACGGGGAGUGGUUUCCUCUGAACUGGUGCCAGAGUUGGACCGCCCUGUGAACAGAAACGCCAAUUUAGGGUCUCGUUUUGCUGGAAAUGAUAAGGAGCCUGCGAACUCUGGAACUCUGGGUUUGGGAAUUUCAAAUGCCUCAUCAGAUUCUUUGCCACUGAAAAGCGGCAAGUCAGUUACAUUGGUCUGGGGGAACUCUGACCGUGCAACACAUUUUAAUAAUUUGGCCUUGUUUAGAAAGAAUGGGAAGAUAAAAAAUUGGAAUCCUUGUUGGAAGAUGCCUGCAAACUCUGUCAUAGGUGAUGAGAUGGGCUCUGCUUUACAGCCUGAAGUCAAAGAGGACCAUUUAGCAGGUAGCAAUUUAUUCUGCUCAUGUAUAAAUCAAGAGGGUGUGGGAUCUCCAUGUUCGGUCAUUUCCAGGUUGGUCUCUAAUGUGUCCCCCUGUAAUAGAAGUAGAUGUAUUGCUGGAGUUCUUGGAAGCUCAGAAGCUUUGAAAUGCUUUCUGGACCUUAAUGGUGAUUACGAUAGUCACCUUAGGAGCCUGCAAUAUGGUCAGCUUUGCCAUGGGUAUGCUGUGUCUCCACCUCUACUGCCCAGUCCUUCAACAUCGACUCGGUGUAUUAAUAUUUCAUGGGAAACAGUUCGUGAAUCACCACAGAUCAAGGGGGAUUUUCAUGCUCAAAAGAAGAAAAAUGGUGUUGCUUUAGGACCGGGAGUUUACCCUACAAGUCAUCCCACUUUUUCUUGUGCUGCUUAUGGUCUAGAAGAAAAGAAAAAACGCCAGGGAACUGGCACAUACUUCCCGAAUGCGAAUUAUCAUUAUAGGGGCAGGCAAGUGCCCCAAAAUGGAAGGAAUUACACAGUGGAGGCUCAUGGUCAGUUGCAAAGAUGCACUCAUAACAAUGGAUUGGCUCCAGCUCCACUAGAGCUGAACAUGUCUGUUGAAGGCAGCCAUAAGCUUUCACAUGAUGAGUUCCCCGUUCUGGGCCACAGGAACUCUGGAUCAUUAGAUUCCCACCAAUCUCACCUUUCCAAGCGGGGGUCCUCCAAUGCCAAUGGCUUAUCUUGCCAAUCCGAUAAAGUUGAAUCUGGGUCUGUUUGCCCUUGGUCUUUGGGAGCACCUUUGCCAGAAAGCAGCAGUCAGCAGGAGUCAUGCAUUUCACACUCGCGGGGCUCUGCUUUAAGCCCCGUGGUUCCAGCCGUCCAGAGUCCUAAACUACUAUCGGAAACUAAUGAAGAAAGGGCAGAAGUGCAGUUGUAUCAUCUGAAAGACGAAGAUGAUUUCCCCCCACUCUCCCACUGUGUACCUUUGGAAGGAUAGUCAGUACUAUAGAUUAAUGGAGAUGGAAGCACAGUCAGCAAGUAGAUGAAUUGAGAUAGGACAGUCAAAGACAUAGAAGACAGCGAGAAUAACCAUAGAUGCUUACCUCCCCUUGUUGGUAUGAUAUGCAAAAAUUCACUUUCUACAUUCUUCUGGCAUCUGCAUCCAGGUUUGUUUGCCUUGAUUGAUUAGGUGUAUGUACCAGGUGAUGCUUGCCUGAGUUUUGUUUCCUUUUUAAAUGGUUGUAGUUAGUUACCUUACCUACCAUUACAGGGAAAAAAAGCUUAGAUAUUUGUUACGGAAAGUAUAUACAUGAUGAAUUUUUUGAA